UGAUAACAAAUUACGGAAAAAUGUCGGAAGAAUCCGGAAUUAAAUUUUACACGUUGGAAGACGUUAAAGUUCAUAAUGGUAAAGGCAAAGGCGACUCUAGUGUUUGGAUUAUUUAUAGGGAUUGUGUUUAUGAUGUGACUGAUUAUUUGGAAGAUCAUCCUGGCGGUGGAGACCUCAUAAUGGAACAUGCAGGAAAAAAUUGCACUAGAGCCUUUGACGAUUUUGGUCAUUCUUCGGACGCCAAAAGAAAAUUAAAAGAAUUUAAAAUAGGAGAAAUCGUAGAGGAACAACGAAAAGGUGCAAAGAAAAAGACGAUAACAGUUAAAACAGAUCCAGCAGAAAAGCCACAUCAAAGGAGUUGCUUCUCAAUCAUCAGUUGCGGCUUCUGCGGAUAAAAUAACUUUAUUUUAUAAUUUCUUAUUCCAAUGUUUUAGUAAUCCCAACUGUGAUUUACUUAUUUUAUUUUAGAUUUAAUACCGUUAAAUUACAUUGUACAUUUUAGAUUUUAGACACUAGAAACUGUUUAAAAUAGAAAUAUUUUUACAUCAAACAUUCAAAGUUUAAGGCACCUAUUUUUAGAUUUUUUUUAAAUUUUUUGAGUAGUUACUUUAUCUGAAGAUUAAUGUUAUUCUUUCAAGUAUUUGUAUCCUUCCUCACGUAUUAAGAUAUAGGACAAUGACGUCUACUUAUGGGUAGGUACUUAUUAUUUGCUUUAGAUUUAAUUAUUAUUGAUACAUUUUCAUUAUAUUUUAUCAAACAUAUUAAUGAAGAUAGAUAAAAUCACUAGAUACACAAUAAAAAAGAUUAGCCUUGAACCCUAUAAUACCUAUAAAUAAUCUCGAUCUCGAGAUGUCAUUAUGAAUUUCUAUAAGAAAUACAUAGUUUUGAAUUGUGCAAUAUAUAUAUAGUUAUCAAUUGUUAUCAUUAUAAUAAAAUUUUGAUAUAUUUUU